AUGGACCAACUCUUCAUUCAAAGAUUAGUGGAGCGCGAUCGCAUAGAAAAGAACUUCUCAUAUCUCUUCGAAACGGCUUCCGUGAAGGUCGAUGGUUGUACCGAUAAGCACCCCACUGAAGAUACCAUAGUGAAUUUGAAGAACGAACUUCUCAGUAAGGAAAAAGAAUUGGAUCAGGUUAAAGAGACAUUGAAAGUCCAAAAAAAGGAUACUGAAAAGUUGAAUGAUGAGAUUAUUAGCCUCAAUAUAGAAAAUAACCUGCUGCAAGAACGCUUACAGAAACUCACAGAAGAAUAUGACGGUUUAGUAGACCGCUGGCUCAAAAGAGUUCAGGGGGAGGCUGAUUGGAUGAAUCAAACCUUAGAAUAA